AUGAGUUAAAGAUCCGUUAACAAGUUCACACUGCGUUCAGUUUCUAAACAGUUUUUUGCGCUUAAAAUUGUUCACACAAUAUAUGAAACAAGGGAAUAACAUUAGCUCAACUUCAAACCAUGCCAGACAGUAAGGAAAUGGGCACGGAUGCUGAUCCUGUUGAUGUCAAGCUAAAUAGGAACGACAGCGUCGCGUUGAAGGACCUGUUGCAAAAGAGGCUUUCUGAGUGCGGUUGGCGCAGUGAUAUCGAGAAAAUGAUACGCCAGACCAUUGAGGAGCGCGGUGUGGCCAACUUAACACAUGACCAACUGGCUGCCGAGAUAGUACCUCAUGCUCGAGCUUUGGUUCCCGAAGUCAUUCGAAAGGAGAUGUUGAUGCGCGUGCGCGCUGCCCUAGAAUCUUCUUUGCCACCAGAAAAGAAAUGACUGGUCCAUCUAUAAUCCCGAGUCCCUAAUCCAUUUACAAUAGUCACACAGUAUAUCUUAAAUUCUAGCACAUGUGUUUGUGGUUUAUUAUCUCGUAUUUAAAUAGAUAUUUACAUACUUAUUCUAGUUAUGAAUUGCGCCAUUAGUUAUACAAUAUGCAUGUAAUAAAUAAACAACCUAUAUAUAGUUAGAA